UAUCAAAUCGAAAGCAAAGUGAAUGAGGAAAUAAAAAAAUCCACAAGACAGACAUAUUGUCCCGUGCUGCAGCCGUCGGACUUCAUUUAAACCGCUCCAGCGGAUAUAUUUAUGAUAAUAUAUUCCUGAAAAAAGUUUCUUUAGUCAUGUCAAAGGCAGCGACUCUGAAAAUAAGCAGCACGACUGCGGGGAAGGUGGACAACUUCCGCCAGGCUCUGUAUCGGGAGGCAGAAACUCUCUUCUCUGACUUCAUCCCUCUGAAGAUCAUAAAGCUGGACUCUCUGCUCAAGGAUGAGGGCUUCAGCAUCACAGAAACAGCUUCUCUUAGGGCUCCUCUGGACAUCCCCAUACCAGACCCUCCUUCCCCCGAGGACGAGGAGAUGGAGACCGACAAGAAUGAAGACGACGAGAAGAAGAAGAAGAAGCCCCCGAAGUGUGGCUUCAUCAAGGGGAACGAGAAGAUCACGAUGGUGCUAGAGAGAGUGAAACCAGAGAUAGUCGCUUUUAGAGAGACCAUCAUCACUGUCACCUGCUGGAUUCAGCACCUCAUCCCAAAGAUAGAGGAUGGAAAUGACUUCGGAGUUGCCAUCCAGGAGAAAAUCUUGGAGAGAAUCGCUGCAGUGAGAACCAAAGUCGACGGUUUUCAGACCAACAUCAACAAGUACUUCACAGAGAGGGGGGAUGCUGUGGCCAAAGCUUCUAAGGAAACUCAUGUGAUGGACUACCGCUCACUCGUACACGAGAAGGACCAGGCCAUCUACUCGGAUAUCAGAGUGAUCGUCCUCGACAUCCGCGGCUUCUACGCCGAGCUUUAUGACAUCAUCAGCAAAAACCUGGAGAAGGUGACCAACCCAAAAGGAGAGGAGAAGCCCUCGAUGUACUGAGGCUCCCGGGGAACGGGAAAAGCCACUGGGAUGAAUUUAAACAACCUUCAGCUGCAUUGAUCACCUGCUAAACUCAAUAUCAAUCAAGUAUCCGGCUCUUUGUUUGAUAAACAUUUAAAAUAAACACAUAAACAACUGGAUGGUAUUUUUAGUUCUGCUGUUUCAUGGUAACACUUUGGUUUUAUACCAAGACUUGCACUAAAUUUUAAGUUGUGUGGUAAAGCAUGAAUAAAGAAAAGUGUUUUUCA